AUGGGAAUGUUUAAAAAUUACAGAUUCUACUUGAAAGAUGACAGUUUACAACACAAGCAGAAGAAAUUCCUAAGAACUCAUAUUAAGAAAAAUGAUGGAAAUGUUUCCUCUGUACUAACCCGUAAGUGCACACAUGUCAUCUUAGAUAAUGAUGCUGUUCUGAGCCCUGGUGAGCUGAGCACUGUCCAGAAGUAUGAUAUCUCCAUUGCAAACAUAGAUUUUUUAUGGGAGUGCCUCAAACAAGGAGAGCUCUUAAGUACUGAGAAUUACAAAUGCAUCGAAUCAUCAGAAGUCACUUCACCUCCUUUUAAAAGGUCAAGCAAUUUCAGGGUGGAGGAAGACUUGCAUAGUACCACAGAGAAUAAUGAAGACUUCGUGGAGCACAAAAAAUUUUGUACCGAAGAUGACAAUAUCCCUCAUGUCCCUCAAGAUUUUGAAGUUGCAAAGUAUAGCAUCCUGGAAAAAAUUAAGUCGGAGAGAGACAAAGAAAUUGUGGUGGUAGAAUUGCAAUGCUUCCAGUACCAUCCUGAAUUUUCUUUUCUUGUAUCUGUGAAUUUUCUGCUGGCAGGAGGAGUUAAGACUAAAAGACAUUUAUCUAGAAAAAAUACAUCUGAAGAAGCAAGUGAGUACUUUGAGAAUUACAUUGAAGAACUGAAGAAACAAGGAUUUCUACCAUCAGAAAAUUUUCCACCUGAAGCAAACCUAAAACUGGCAUCUCAGAAGUUACAAGCAUUGUUGUUGGAGGAUGUUUUAGAUAGAGAUACUAUAAGUGAAGACGUGAGUACCUUAGUGGAGUUAAUUUGGAUGGAAGCUCUUGGCCAUCUGGAAAACAUUCUUCUCAGGCCAGCAAACAGCAUCAGCCUUAAUGAUGUAAGCAAAGCUGAGGGCAUUUUACUUCAAGUUAAGGCAGCACUGAACAAGGGAGCAACAACAGAAGAAUUGAAAAAGAUGAUGUCAAAAUUCUACCAACUUAUACCUCACCGAAGAACAGAAGAUGAAGUUAACCAAAGACUAUUAUCUAAGAAAGAAGAUCUCUGCCAGCUUAUAAGAGAUGUGGUUAAUGUCAAUGAAGCAAAUCUCUCAAGACCUAACCCACCUUCUUUUGCCAAAUAUCGAGCUCUGAGAUGCAAAAUUGAGCACGUUGAUGAAAAUACUAGAGAAUUUUACAAUGUUAAAGAAGAGGUAUUGCAAAAAAAUUAUGGGAAGAAUUCAGUAGACAUCUUAAAUAUAUAUCGAAUUGGCAGAAUUAAUGAAACUUUGGAAUUUCAAAGUGAGCUUGGCAAUGUGCAGUCUUUAUUACAUGGAACACUUGGGAGAAAUAUUGUUGGAAUUCUUUCCCGGGGAUUGCUUUUGCCCAAAAGACUGGUUGAAGAUCAUGGCAUAGAAAGAACAGAUUUUGGAAAUCUUGGUAGUGGAAUAUACUUCAGUGACUCUCUCAGAACAAGCAUUAAGUACACACAACCAACUCAAACAGAUGGAGCUAGAUUCCUGGUUGUUUGUGAUGUUGCCCUUGGAUCCUGCAUGAAUAUGCACAAGAAGGAUUUCUCAUUAACUGAGCCACCUCCAGGUUACGACAGCGUGCAUGGAAUUCAAAAAACAGAACAUAUCAUCUCAGACUUUGAGGAUGAUGAAUUUGUUGUAUACAAAAUCAGUCAGAUUAAAAUGAAAUACCUUGUUAAAUUUUGCAUUUCUGGAGACCAAGUAAAGGAUUUUUCUCCUUGUGCUGUUACGACGUGGGAGGAAAACAGACCUGAGCUUUUAAAUGAUAAUUCACAACUUAAAGAUUAUACGUUACCAGAUACUGACCCUUUCAUCAACAUAAAAGCUGGCCUUCAGGAUAUCUCUGGGAUUCCAGUCCCUCUUGAAGAGAUUCAUAUCAAGGGAAGGAUAGUGGACUUCAUAGCACAGAUCAUUGUUUUUCAAACAUAUACCAAUGAGAGUCAUCUGCCUAUUGAAACAAAGUUUGUCUUCCCCUUGGAUGACAAAGCAGCUGUGUGUGGAUUUGAAGCUUUCAUCAAUGGCAAACAUAUAAUAGGAGAGAUUAAAGAAAAGGAAGAAGCCCAUCAGGAGUACAGAGAAGCCAUCAGACAAGGCCAUGGAGCUUACUUGAUGGAUCAGGACACUCCUGAUGUCUUUACUGUGAGCAUUGGAAACUUACCACCACAGGCCAAAGUUCUUAUCAAAAUUACCUAUAUCACUGAGCUCAGUUUUCAUCAUGGAUGUGCCAGCUUCUUCAUGCCCGCUACUGUAGUGCCAUGGCAACAGGACAAAGUGUUGAAUGAAAAUUUGCAGGAUACAGUGAAGAAAGUUUGCAUUAAGGAAGUAGGAAUGCAACAACAAUUCUUUUUGAAUAUGUCGAUUGAGAUGCCACAUGUAAUUGAGUCAAUUACCAGUGAUACACAUAAACUCAAAAUAAAGAAAACAGACUGCAAAGCUGUAAUCAGCACCUUGGAUAACAGUUCCUUUGACAGCAACGGCUUUUCUCUCCAGAUUCAUAUAGGAGAUGCAUACCUCCCAAGAAUGUGGGUUGAAAAGCAUCCAAAAAAGGAAAGUGAGGCCUGUAUGCUUGUAUUCCAUCCAGAUUUCAGUACUGCACUACCUGAAAUGGCCCAGACUAAUGAAGUUAUUAUUUGUCUGGAUUGCUCCAAUUCUAUGGAGGGCUCAGAAUUACUACAAGCAAAGCAGAUUGCCUUACAUGCUCUGUCUCUAGUCCACGAGAAGCAAAAAGUAAACAUUAUCAAGUUUGGUACAAAUUAUACAGAAUUAUUUUCAUAUCCAAAGUACUCCACAAAUAAUCCUAAAAUGACUGAGUUCAUUAUGUCUGCUACACCUACCAUGGGAAAUACUGACCUCUGGAAAACCCUGCGCUUUUUAAACUUACUUUAUCCUUCUCAAGGGAUGCGCAACAUACUUCUUCUAUCUGAUGGGCAUAUCCAGAAUGAAAGCCUGACAUUGCAGAUUGUAAAAAGAAAUGUUAGACACACCCGCUUAUUUACAUGUGGCAUUGGGUCCACAGCAAAUCGUCAUAUCCUGAGGGCUUUGUCCCAGUAUGGUGCUGGAGCAUUUGAAUACUUUAACACAAAAUCUAAGUAUAAUUGGAAAAAACAGAUUGAAGACCAGAUGACAAGAAUAUUUUCUCCAGGAUGCAGCUCUGUUUCUGUUAAAUGGCAACAAUUGACUCCAAAUUCACCAGAGGCUAUGCAGGCUCCCGUACAAAUCCAGGCUUUAUUCAACAAUGAUAGACUGCUUGUGUAUGGAUUUAUUCCUCAUUGUACACAGGCUAUCCUAAGUGCUUUAAUUCAAGACAGAGAAUUUCACACAAUGGUAUCAACUACUGAACUACAGAAGACAACUGGAACUAUGCUUCAUAAGCUAACAGCUAGAGCUAUCAUCAGAGAUUAUGAAGAUGGAGUACUCCAUGAGGAUGAAACAAAACAUGAGAUGAAGAAGCAAAUUUUGAAGUCUCUGAUUAUUAAUCUCAGCAAGGAGAACUCUAUUAUAACACAAUUUACAAGUUUUGUGGCAGUUGAGAAAAGGGAUGGCAAUAAAUCAUUGGAUUCCUGUACUCCAAAUAUUUUCGAACUUAUUGCCACAGAAGAUGUAGACUUUCUGCCAUACAUGGAUUGGGAAGUGGAACCGUUUGCUAUGAAAAAGAAGCCUCCUCCUCCUCCUCCUGUUCCAGCUCUUCCAGGUUCUGUUCAUCUUUUUUCUAAUUCUCAGUUAAAUUCAUUUGAGUUUCAAAGUAAAAUGUAUCAAUCACCUUUAAUGCUUAAGGAGAGGUCUGUUGAAUCAACUGCCGCUUCUGCAGAUGUUAGUUUAGGAGGCGAAUCACUAUUUUGGGAAAAACAAAAAAAGUUUGCAUCAAGUCGUGGACUUUUUUUUGGACUGAAAAAAGAUGGACAACUGCCACAACCCCUCCAGCCUCCUCUUCCUCCAUCCAGAGAUGUUGGAUCAAAAGUAGUGACUUCAGGUUUCUCAUUUAAAGAAAAAAAUUCUGUAGAACAGAAUGUUACCUCAUCUGUAGCUAAGACACAAAAACCUGAGACUCAUAUGACCCACAAGGGAAGUUGGUUGAUUGUUAUUAAAGAGAAUUUGAUGCCUUGGACUCAGGUUUUUACUCUUCAGAAUGAGGAGGGUUUUUGGAAACUUAGCCCUGAACUUGGACUUAUUUUAAACCUGAAUGUGAAUCAUUUAAACAUCUUUCUUGUGCAAAAAGGCAUUCACUCCCUAGGUCUCAAAGGAAAAGAGAAUGUACUACAGCUGAUUGCCACAUUUCUGGUGCUACAGCUCAUUCGAAUUAAACUGGAGCUAGAAGGGAUAACAGUCAAGUCCCUGAUGAAAUUAGAUGACUCAACUACUUACAGAUCCUGUGCCACAUCCUGGAGUUUCGAUGCAGUAAAAAAAGCAGUGGAAUGGGUAAGAAGAACAGAAGCACAAUAUGCAUCUCUUUGCUCUCGACUUGAAUUGGGCAAAGACUGGGACUCUGCCACCAAGCAAUUGUUGGGAAUUCAACCAAUAAGCACCAGAUCCCCUCUUUACAAAGUGCUUAAUUGCAGUCAAGGCUAAAGUUUGUCAAAUUGUAUUUGAGGCUUUUUCUUGUUUGCGUAUGUAAAGUACAUUUAUUUGAAUAGAAAAUUACUAAAAUGUAAUAUGUUGUUAUAUUCAGCUCACAAGCCAGUCAUUUGAAAAUCAUAUAAAAUAAAUUACUUUAUAAUAAGUACAUGUUAUCUGUCGGCAACAAAAGAAUAAUUAUGAUAUAGAAAAUUUAGUGUUUAACUUAGUUUGAUAUUUUGAUGGGAUUAAUUCUUUGAUUUCAGUGCUUAACUGCUUAAUUUUGACUAACAUAAACAUUUGUAAAAUUCAUUAAGUUUAUCUAAAGGAAAUCAUUGUUUACUGAGUUAGAAAAGGGAUAGCGAGUAUGUCAUACUUAGGAUUAAGACCUAGGAAGCAAAAAAUGUUCAGUCUAUAGAAUUGUACAAGUUCAAUUACUAUAAUAAAGUAAACACUUGAAAUAA